AUGUCCGAAGCCCACCAUCGACCUCAUUGGGGGGUGCGGAGGACGUUGCCCCCCGCGGUAUGGACCAGUAUAAAUAUUGUAUUUUCUGUCAAUCUCGGCAGUUUUGGUGAGAGGUUUGGGAAACGGCGUGUCUACGGCGUCACCCUCAUACUCAUGGUCGUCUGCGCUAUCUGCUCCGGCCUCUCCUUCGGCUCCACCCCGAAUGCCGUCAUGGGCACCCUCUGUUUCUUCCGCUUCUGGCUCGGCUUCGGCAUCGGCGGCGACUACACUCUCUCCGCCACCAUAAUGUCCGAGUACGCUAACAAGAAGACACGCGGUGCCUUCAUCGCCGCCAUCUUCGCCAUGCAGGGCGUCGGCAUCAUCUUUGCCAGCCUUGUCCCCAUGACCCUCUCCGCCAUCUUCCUCCACUUCUUUCCGGCUCCACCGUUCUCCUCCGAUCACCUCCGCUCCACCCAGCCGGAGGCCGACUUCCUGUGGCGCAUCGUGCUCAUGCUCGGCGCGAUCCCGGCGCUCAUCACCUACUACCGGCGCAUGAAGAUGCCCGAGACCACCCGGUACACCGCACUUAUCGCCGGGAACGCGGAGCAGGCCGCGCUUGACAUGGGGAAAGUCCUGGAGAUGGAGAUACAAGCGGAGCAAGAAAAGGUAGCCCAAUUUAAAUCUGCCAACGAUUACUCGUUACUGUUGGGAGAGUUCUUUAGAUAUCACGGGCUGCACCUCAUCGGCACGAUGAGCACCUGGUUCCUGCUCGACAUCGCAUUCUACAGCCAGAAUCUCACCCAGAAGGACAUAUUUCCGAUGAUGCACCUCACAAGCAAGGCGCAGAAAAUGAAUGCGCUCGAGGAAGUGUUGCAGACGUCGAAAGCCAUGUUACAUGUAGCGCUGUGUGGGACCUACCCCGGCUACUGGUUCACGGUGCUGUUCAUCGAGAAGAUGGGACGGUGUCUGAUUCAGCUCAUUGGAUUCUUCAUGAUGUCGGCGCUCAUGUUGAUAAUGGGCGUGAAAAAUGAUAUACUGAAAAAUUACACUAAUGGAGAAUGGUGA